AUGCAAAUCAAGAAUUCUUAUUGGAUUAGCCAUUAUGUGCUUGACUUAACCCUUUGUGGCAAAACAUGGGAAAACAAUGGAGCCAGGAUCUUGGCAGGCUACUUGAAGGGGAAUAGAACUCUGAGUGCCUUACAUCUCAUCGGAAAUGACAUUGGUGACACAGGAGCCACGGCACUUGAAAAGGUUUUAUGGACUAACACCACUUUAAAUGUUUUGGACCUUUGGAAAAACCCAGGCAUUGGUAAUCCUGGUGUUUUGUCACUAUGUGAAGCUCUGAAAGUCAACAAAACCCUCUCCUCAUUAAAUUUGUCAGAAAGUGGAAUUGGUGAUACUAGUGUUCAUUCUCUUGCAGAAGUUCUCAAAACUAACACCAGUCUAACUUCUUUGUCAUUGUCAGCUGAUAUCAAAAUAACUCAACACAGCAUCAAGUCUAUUGCUGAAGUCUUGAGAGUCAACUCUACUUUGAAAGAACUAUAUUUCCAGGGAAACAAGCUAGGCACUGAUGGUGCCAAGUUGAUAACUGAAAGCCCUAAAGUCAAUACCACUCUAAACAAGCUUGACUUGUCAAGGAACAACAUCAAAGCAUAAUGUUGUCAUUCAGUUUCUGAUGCCCUCAAAGUUAAUGUGACAAUAAAAUCUCUGAGUUUGGCUGAGAAUGCCCUUGGUGAUAGUGGUGUCCAGCUAAUUUCAGAAGGGCUCAGAAUUAAUACUACCCUGACCGAUCUGUACCUGUCCAAGAAUUCCAUUGGGGUGAAGGGUGUAGAAUCAAUCACAGACACCAUCAGAGCUCAUGUUUCAUUGACUAGCUUAGAGCUAUCACACAACAGUAUUGGUGAUCAUGGAGUCAAAAAAGUUUCUGACGCUCUUAAAGUUAAUGUCUCUCUGAAGGAACUGUAUCUGUCAUCUAAUGCCAUUGGUACUUCUGGAGGACAGUCACUUGCUGAGGCCCUUAAAAGUAAUUGCACUCUGGCUAUUUUAGACCUUCAUAACAAUGUCAUUGAUGAUGAUGGAGCCCAGUCACUUUGUGAGGCUCUUAAGACCAAUACCACCUUGACUGAGCUGGAUUUUCUCACAACAAUAUCCAUUCUGCUGGUGCUCAAGCAUUUGAUGAGCUUCAUCAGCACAAUAACACCUUAAACAUAAUAUCUUUGGUAAAUAACAAUAUUGGUAGUUUAGGUGAUCAGGGGAAUCAAGAUCUCAAUGAAGUCCCUUUAUCAAGGCUGUCUUCUU